UAGAAUAUUAGGGCCAACUUUCCAAAAUUAAAAUUACCCUUAGUAGAGUUUCUUCUCUCUUUCAACGAUUCUCUUACACACGUCCACCGGCUUUCCCCUCUUUCUAGUGUCGUCCACAAAAACCCACGAAACGACGCAUUCUGAGGGGAGGCGACAGAAAUCAUCUGAAAUACCGGGAACAAGUGAUAAAGAAAAAUUUAUUUGUGUACCUUUUAUUUCAUUGGUUCACCGGCUUUGAUCCAUGGGCACCCCGGAAACAACUAGAGAGCCUUGCCCGGAUCGUAUCCUUGAUGACGUAGGUGGUGCUUUUGGGAUGGGGGCUGUUGGUGGUGCAGCCUUCCAUUUCUUGAAGGGAAUCUAUAACUCCCCGAAAGGCGAGCGUUUGGCUGGGGGUUCUCAAGCAGUUCGCAUGAAUGCUCCUCGUGUUGGUGGCAGUUUUGCAGUAUGGGGUGGGCUCUUUUCCACCUUCGACUGUACAAUGGUGUACAUGCGGCAAAAAGAGGAUCCUUGGAACUCGAUCAUAGCAGGUGCAGCGACGGGGGGCUUUCUGCAGAUGCGUCAGGGAAUGGGUGCUGCUUCCCGGUCAGCGUUAUUUGGUGGUGUUUUACUUGCUUUGAUUGAGGGAGCUGGGAUAAUGAUAAACAAAGUGGUGAGCGCACCGCAGAACUUACCUCCCAUGGAGGACCCUCUUCCGAAUGUGGCUGGUAUGCCCGGAUACCCCGGGCAAAUGCCUGGAUACCCUGGGCAGAUGCCUGGUCAACCUCCCAUAAGUAUUGACAGCAUGGGUGCGGGAUCUUCUUCUUCGUCUCCAUCACCUUCAUCAUCACCAUCUUCUUCUUCAUGGUUUGGAGGUCCUUUUUGGCGCGAAGGAGGAGACAGUACCCAGUGAGGGAAGUAAGACGAAGGUCUUGGAGAGCUUUGAUGCUCCAAAUCCUCCAUCUUUCGAGUACAAAUGAUGAAGAAGGGAAUAUCUGGUGAGUGAGGUAUUAUCUAUAGUUUUCAUUUAGCAUCUAUGACAUGGAACUGUUAAUUGAUUGGUUUUGAUCUCGCAUUGUUGCAUUAGUCACGGUAGGCGGCUCCAAUACUUGUUUUAGUUUCAUAUUCAGUUUUUUAUUAACAUUGCAAGAUUCCAUUAUCAUAUAUCGGUGAGACCUUCUGGUCUGGUGUGCCUAAAGUUUGUUCGAUUGUGUUAUAGUCAUUAGAUAGUGAUGAACUCUGAAAAUUUGAAAUCCACACCGAAUCAGAUUCAGUAUGAAUGUUAUAUGCUAGUUCAUAUGUCUAACGUAAUUGGUAUUCUUAUUGUAUCAAAUAACGUAAUUCAGUUUUGGUACUCGUAAUUCUUGUGUCUGAAACAUCUAUAUGAUGGCAAUUGUAAGACGCCCGCCCACACAUAAAUGUAAAACUGCUGAAAUGCUAUUAAAAUGACUGGUUCAAGAAUAAUGGCUUUAGGUGCAAAAUGUGAAAACUUCUUAGGAAGAUGACUUAAUAGAAGACUGAAACCAAACUCAAACAUAACCGAGUGUAACAGCUCCCUUCAUCAACUAUGACUAAGAAUACUUUUGUUUUUGAUUGAGAAACUCGUGUUCAGCAGUUUGGUGCAGCUUGAGUUCCAAUUGUAGUAUAAGGAUGUAUAACCUUGAAGAGACCAUUAUUUUCUCUUGCAAUUUUUGUCUAGUAUUCGGUUUCAAACAUGGUUUCCUAUAGAAGUAUGCUAUUGUGAUGUAUCUUGAUCUUCUUGUGUGACUCCGUAGGAUUAUCCGCUGAUGGCAGUCGGGCUAAGCAUUCGGAUCUACGCGAGCUUGGAGAUUGCUCAUAAGAGUACCUGAAAUUUGUAAUAAAAGCUAUAUCUCUGUCCUUCUGGUUUUUGACCAUCUAGAUUCGUCUCUUUAUAGGCAUUUUGUUGUAUGAAUCUAAAACGCUUUAAUUUAUGAAUUAGAUGCUUGUAGUGCCUUAUAAGCCUGUCAUAGACUCAUAAUAUAUUGCAAUUAGACAUAUGUUUGUGAUCCUAUUACAUGGAAAUUAUAUAGCAUGUUGCCCCAUUUUUGUUCA